CGCUGUCAGCCUGUCAAUGUCAAAUGUACAUUCAAUUCUAUCAUUCUUUUUCAAUAAAGCGAAUAGCCUAAAAUAUACCUGUUUGUUGUAUUUUGAUCAAAAUCCUUUGAAAAUGUCCCAAAGUGUACGUAUCGAGCGCACUAUUGUUUGAUGUCAUAAACGUAUUUUCUCGUUAGUACGUAAUUCUUUUGGACUGCUUUAAGGUUAAGGUUGGAGAGGCACCAUGGACGACUCCAACAAAUACCAGCAGAUGCAAGAUGAAAUGUCUAGGUUCGAAGCGGAGAUCUCCGGCGAGCAUGGCCUCCGGGGGGUGAUCAGCGCGGGCACGUACGGCGCGGUGCAACAGCGACUGGAACGGGCCAUUCCCCCACCGCCGCCGCCGCCCGCAAUGUUGUCGUUCGAGCCCAAUAUGCCCAACAUGCCAACCAUGCCAGGCAACAUGCCCAACAUGCCGGGCAACAUGAACAUGAUGCCCCGCAUGAUGUUCCCUGCUGUGCCGCCGCCGCCACCGCCGCCGUCUAUGCCAAACAUGAUGAUACCAGCCUCUGUACAACGUUUAAGGCCCGGCGGCAUGCCCGAGUUCCCGAUGCACUUCCUCCGGCCAGGCAUGCCGGGGCCGCAGCUGGCGCCGCCGCCGCCGCCCAAGCCGCAGCCGGUCGUGCUUUCGGCGGCGCCCAAACUUUACAAACAGACCAAGGACGAAGACAAGGAUAAGGAGAAACAUGAGAGCAAGAAGAGGAAACGCUCGCCCCCGCCCCUGCGCGCGCCGACGCCGCCGCGCGCGCCGUCCCCGCCGCCCGCGCCGCCGCCCGCGCCCGCCGCGCCGCCGCCCGCCGCGCCCGACGCCGCACAGCCCAAGCCCAAGAAAGAGAAGAAACAUCGGAAGGUGGUCCGCACGGCAGGCGGGCAAGUGUGGGAGGACGUGACGCUCCUGGACUGGCCCGACGACGACUUCCGUAUGUUCUGCGGCGACCUCGGCAACGACGUCACCGACGAGCUGCUGACACGAACAUUCAGCAAAUACACCUCGUUCCAAAGGGCGAAGGUGAUCCGCGACAAGCGCACCAACAAGAGCAAAGGCUUUGGGUUCGUCAGCUUCAAGGACCCCGGAGACUUUAUCAAAGCCAUGAAGGAAAUGGAUGGUCGCUACGUGGGCAGCCGGCCCAUCAAGCUGCGCAAGAGCACGUGGAAGAACCGCGCGCUCGACGUGGUGCGCAAGAAGGAGAAGGAGAAGGCGGCGCUGCUCUCUCUCCUCAUGGCCGGCAACAAGAGCUGACAGUGAAACGUAUGCGCUCUAUAGCUUUUCAUUUGUUAAUGUUCAUUUUUACGUGUAUUAGUAAACAAUUCUAUGGAAUUUUGUCCCUCUAUAAUUAUAUAGAGGUAUAGAUAAAUGUAUUGCUGACAUACUGACACCCGCAAUUCACAAUUAUCUUUUGUCGUUUGAAAAUAUUUGCAGUAUAUCUACAUAUAUUAUGAUACCUUUUACUACAAAUACGCUUAAAAGUAUCUUUGUUCAUAAGUUGUGUUUUAGAUGUCAACUGAAUUCUUUAAUUUAUAUCCAUAAUCUACUAUUCUCAUAAACUUACCUUAUUAGUCAUCUUUAGUGAUAUUGUAUAAUGAAUACCUACUGCAAGUUAAGAUUUUAAAAUUGUAUGUAUAAAGUGAUCCCUAUGAAUUUGACGACUCUUCCUAGAUAUAAUAAAUAAGUAUUUUUAAGGAAA